GGCGCAUCGCAGUGUGAAAGAGUCUCGUCUGACGAGUGUACAUGUGCGCAUUGUAAAGCGAGAGAAAAUGAAAGCUCUUUAAUUAUUAAUUACUCUUUUUAUGUUAUUGCGCACAUAGGAUGCAGCCUGUACAACGAGAGGAUUUUUUCCCGUUUUAUGCAGCGGAUAAAAGCAGUUAAGAUAUGAUUGUAUAAGUUAUGCAGCGUUGGUCAAGAUAGAUCCGCGAUCUUUGUAAUGAAACAUUUUACUGUGUUGUAGUCUUUUGAUUUUUUUCUUCAUUCUAAGUUGAAAUGGCUUUAGUGGUGUACCUAAAGACUGUCACGGAGCUUCGUGGGAAGGGGGACCGAAUCGCAAAAGUGACUUUCAGAGGUCUUUCCUUCUUCUCUCGGGUGCUGGAAAACUGCGAGGAUGAGGCUCGAUUUGAGCAGGCAUUCCGAUGGCCAAUUGGGAGUCAAGUGGAUGGGGACGAGAUGCUGGAGAUCCAAGUGUUUAAUUACAGCAAAGUCUUCACUAACAGGUUAAUUGGCACUUUCCGCAUGGUUCUGCAGAAGGUGGUGGAGGAAGGUCACUUGGAGGUGUCUGACACUCUUAUUGACGACAAUAACACAGCCAUACGGACAAAUAUUUCCAUAGAGAUCAAAUAUCAGACCAUGGAUGGGAGUGUAAAGGUGUGGAGCGAUGGUGAAUUCCUUGAUAUUCCAGAUGACUGUGAUGGAACCUUCCAGUUUGAGACAGACAGUCUACUCUCUGGACGCAGCCAGAGCUCCGGGACAUCACCUGGACGAUCUAUCCACGGCAUUCCCACAUUCCGCAAGACAGGAAAAGGAGUGUUUUCAGCCAUGAAACUGGGCAAGACACGUAGCUCCAAAGAUGACCACAAAAAAGGAGAUGACCCUGCCAUUUUGGAUGCAGAAGAUCUGGAUCGAAAGGCCAUGCGUCUGGGCAGUGGGCUUGACCCUGAUACCAUAUCACUGGCCUCUGUUACUGCAGUAACCACUAAUGUCUCCAACAAAAGAUCAAAGCCUGACAUUAAGAUGGAGCCCAGUUCAGGGCGUCCUGUGGAUUAUCAGAUCAGUGUUACAGUAAUCGAGGCCCGUCAGUUGAUUGGUUUGAACAUGGACCCUGUGGUUUGUGUGGAAAUUGGAGAGGACAAGAAGUAUACAUCAAUGAAGGAGUCCACAAACUGCCCCUACUACAAUGAGUACUUUGUCUUUGACUUCCACGUGCCUCCAGAUGUCAUGUUUGACAAGAUCCUAAAGAUUUCAGUAAUACAUUCGAAAAACCUUCUACGAAGUGGCACCCUGGUUGGCACCUUCAAACUAGAUGUGGGAACUGUUUACUCACAACCUGAGCAUCAGUUCCAUCACAAAUGGGCAAUGCUGUCAGACCCUGAUGACAUCACAGCUGGCUGCAAAGGUUACGUUAAGUGUGACAUUGCGGUUGUAGGAAAAGGCGACAACAUCAAGACUCCCCACAAGGCCAAUGAACCAGAUGAGGAUGACAUAGAGGGGAAUCUUCUCUUGCCGGAGGGUGUUCCAUCAGAGAGACAGUGGGCUCGGUUUUAUGUUAAGAUUUAUAGAGCUGAGGGAUUACCUAAGAUGAACACCAGCAUCAUGGCCAACGUGAAGAAAGCUUUUAUUGGGGAGAAUAGGGACCUUGUGGACCCUUAUGUCCUGGUGCAAUUUGCAGGGCAGAAGGGUAAAACGUCAGUUCAGAAAAGCAGCUACGAGCCCAUCUGGAAUGAGCAAGUAGUCUUCACUGAGAUGUUCCCACCUUUGUGUAGGCGAUUGAAAGUUCAGAUCCGUGAUUCAGACAAGGUGAAUGAUGUUGCCAUAGGAACCCAUUUCAUCGAUCUACGCAAGAUUGCAAAUGAUGGAGACAAAGGGUUCUUGCCUACUAUGGGCCCAGCUUGGGUGAAUAUGUAUGGUUCUACCCGUAACUACACUCUGAUGGAUGAGCAUCAGGACCUGAACGAGGGACUGGGGGAGGGUGUGUCCUUCAGGGCACGCCUCCUCAUUAGUGUCGCAGUGGAGAUCCUGGACACCUCUUCCACAGAGAUAAUAAGCUCUACUGAGGUACAAAUGGAGCCAGUGUCCAACAUCUCAGAGAGUGCCACAGGGAAGAUGGAGGAGUUUUUCCUUUUCGGGUCUUUCUUGGAGGCCACAAUGAUAGACAGGAAAAUUGGAGAUAAACCCAUCAGUUUUGAAGUCACUAUCGGUAACUAUGGUAACCAGAUUGACGGAGUGAGCAAGCCUGCAUCAGCAAAGAAGAAAAAAGAGGGAGGAGGAGAAAGUGAGGAAGAGGAGUCUGAGCUCAUCCACAACUCUAGUGAUGAAGAGGCAGAGGAUGAUGGAGAUUUAAUGUCUGUGCCGUCCACCCCUCCAAUGAAACCGGUUAUCACUGACAGAAAUUACUUCCACUUGCCUUACUUUGAAAAGAAACCCUGUAUUUACAUCAAGAGCUGGUGGCAGGACCAGAGGAGAAGGCUCUACAACUCCAAUAUAAUGGACAAGAUUGCAGAUAAACUGGAGGAAGGUCUGAAUGAUGUUCAAGAAAUCAUAAAAACAGAGAAGGCGUAUCCAGAACGCAGACUUAGGGGUGUAUUAGAAGAACUUAGCACAAGUUGCAGCCGAUUUUUAACACUGGCAAACAAAGAUCAGAAUCUAUCCGGAAGAACCAAGCUGGACAGGGAGAGGCUGAAGUCCUGUAUGAGAGAGAUGGAGAGUAUGGCUCAGCAGGCUAAGACUAUUCGCUCACAAGUGAAGAGAAACACAGUUCGAGACAAACUCAAGCUAGUGUUGAAUUUCCUUCAUAGGCUUCGUUUCCUGGCAGAUGAGCCCCAGCACAGCAUCCCUGACGUGUUCAUAUGGAUGAUUAGCAACAACAAACGCAUAGCGUACGCCCGCAUACCCUCCAAAGACAUCCUCUUCUCAAUUGUUGAUGAAGAGAUAGGCAAAGACUGCGGGAAAGUUAAAGCUGUUUUUCUCAGGCUGCCUGGAAAGAAAGGCUUUGGGCCUGCUGGCUGGACAGUUCAGGCUAAACUAGAGAUGUAUUUGUGGCUGGGGUUGAACAAACAGAGGAAAGACUUUCUGAGCGGCCUCCCUAGCGGCUUUGAAGAAAACAAAGCAGUGAAGGGAAUAGGCAUACAAGCUGUCCCUCCCAUCAGCCUAGUUUAUAACAUGAAGCAGGUGUUUCAGCUGAGGGCACACAUGUAUCAGGCUCGUAGUCUGUUUGCUGCUGACAAUAGUGGCCUGUCUGACCCAUUUGCUAGGGUCUUCUUCUCCACCCACAGCCAGGUGACAGAGGUCCUCAGUGAGACUCUCUGUCCUACAUGGGAUCAGUUGCUUGUAUUUGAUAAUGUUGAACUCUACGGUGAGGCCGGUGAACUCCGUGAUGACCCUCCAAUCAUAGUCAUUGAACUGUAUGACCAAGACACUGUGGGGAAAGCCGAGUUCAUUGGGCGAACUUUUGCAAAGCCACUAACUAAGAUGGUUGAUGAACACUACGGGCCUCCGCGGUUUCCUCCCCAGCUGGAGUACUAUCAGAUCUACAGAGGAAACUGCACUGCAGGAGAUCUGUUGGCUGCUUUUGAACUAUUGCAGAUUCCUUAUGAUGAUGAAGAGAUCAGAAGGGCUCUUAUUGCUGUCCAUGACUUUGCUGUGCCUCAGAUCAAGAUUGGUCCAGCAGGACGGGCAGCACUUCCUCCAAUUGAUGGUCCAACUGAUUCUGACCGCGGGCCCAUUCUGCCUGUUCCAUUGGGCAUACGACCAGUUCUCAGCAGAUAUCGCAUAGAGGUCCUCUUUUGGGGUCUGAGGGACCUUAAAAGAAUCAACCUGGCCCAGGUGGACAGGCCUCGUGUGGACAUAGAGUGUGCAGGGAAAGGAGUUCAGUCAGCCCUCAUUCAGAACUACAAGAAGAAUCCAAACUUCAGCACAUUAGUCAAGUGGUUUGAAGUGGAUCUGCCAGAAAAUGAGCUACUUCAUCCACCCCUCAAUAUUCGGGUGGUGGACUGUAGGGCAUUCGGACGCUACACCUUGGUGGGAUCUCAUGCUGUGACCAGCCUUCGCAAGUUCAUCUACAGCCCCCCAGACAAGACUGCUAACAACUGGGCUCACACAGCUAGACUGGCCAAUGGCUACAUGGCUCUCACCAAUGGGACAUCUCAUUCCCGCCCCCACUCCCGUCCCAUUUCUCAUCCCUCAGGUGAUAUUGUGGUCAAUAUGGACCCUGAACCCAACAUUAAGAAGAUGGACACAGUUGUCAAGAUUGAUGCUACCACCGAUGCUGUUGUUAAAGUUGACUUGAAUGAAGAUGAAAAGGAGAAAGAGAAAAAGAAGAAGAAGAAAAAGAAGGGAGAAGAUCUGGAGGAAGAGGAGCCAGAUGAGAGCAUGUUGGACUGGUGGUCCAAAUACUUUGCUUCAAUAGAGACUAUGAUGGAGAAUCUCAGAGCUCAGGAGGCCGCUUUGGCAGAGGCAGAGGAAAGAGAAGAUUUGGAGAUAGCAGCAGAGAGUGCAGAGAUCAAAGCUGAUGAAUUUCCUAUGAAAGGGACCAAACCCAAGGAGAAGAGCAAAGACAAGAAGAGCUCCAAGGACAAAAAGAAGAACCAUGAUGGCACAGAAAAACGACCUCCAAAACCAAAAGUUGAUGAACUUAUGGUGUACAAUAAAGAGCUGGAGUGUGAGUACGGUAACUUUGAGGACUGGCUCCACACCUUCAACCUGUAUAGAGGAAAGGCUGGAGAUGAUGAUGACAACAAUGUGGUUGAUGAUGACAGAAUUGUGGGCAGAUUCAAGGGCUCCCUAUGUAUGUAUAAACUACCACUGUCUGAGGAGAUCACCAGGGAGGCCGGAUUUGACCCAAACAUGGGAAUGUUCCAAAGCAUUCCUCACAAUGACCCUAUCAAUGUUCUCAUCAGGAUUUAUAUCAUUAGAGCCACAGACCUGCAUCCUGCAGAUAUAAAUGGUAAAGCCGACCCUUAUAUAGUCAUUCGAUUGGGAAAGUCAGAGAUUCGGGACAAGGAGAACUAUAUAUCCAAGCAGCUGAAUCCUGUCUUUGGAAAGUCAUUUGACAUAGAGGCGACAUUCCCAAUGGAGUCCAUGCUGACAGUGGCAGUAUAUGACUGGGAUUUAGUCGGAACUGAUGACCUGAUUGGUGAGACUAAGAUUGAUUUGGAGAACAGAUACUACAGCAAACACAGAGCCACGUGUGGCAUCGCAUCCAACUACUCUGUCCAUGGUUACAAUGUAUGGCGGGACCCUCAGAAGCCAACUCAGAUCCUUGCUAAGUUGUGCAAAGAAGGUAAAUUGGAUGGACCCCACUAUGGACCUGGUGGGAAGGUCAAAGUUGCAAACCGCAUCUUUCUGGGGCCAACAGAAAUGGAGGAUGAGAGUGGUCUGAAGAAGCAGACAGAAGAACACUUGGCUCUUACGGUUCUUAGGCAUUGGGAGGAGAUCCCACGUGUUGGUUGCAAACUCAUCCCUGAGCAUGUGGAGACCAGGCCGCUCCUCAACCCCGACAAGCCAGGCAUAGAGCAGGGAAGGAUUGAAAUGUGGGUGGACAUGUUUCCUAUGGAUGUACCGGCACCAGGACCAGCCAUUGACAUAUCACCACGCAAACCAAAGAGAUAUGAGCUCAGGGUGAUAAUAUGGAAUACUGACGAGGUAAUUCUGGAAGAUGAUGAUUACUUCACAGGGGAAAAGUCCAGUGACAUAUUUGUGAGGGGCUGGCUAAAAGGACAGCAGGAAGAUAAACAGGACACAGAUGUGCAUUAUCACUCUCUAACUGGAGAGGGAAACUUCAACUGGCGCUUUGUUUUCCCCUUUGACUAUCUCAUGGCUGAGGAGAAGAUAGUCAUCUCCAAGAAGGAAUCUAUGUUUUCCUGGGAUGAGACAGAGUACAAGAUUCCUGCUCGACUUACUCUUCAAGUAUGGGAUGCUGACCACUUCUCUGCUGAUGAUUUCCUGGGUGCGAUUGAGUUGGACUUAAAUAAGUUUCCCCGUGGGGCAAAAACAGCCAAGCAGUGCUCUCUCAACAUGGUUCUCAAAGAACAUGAGCUGCCUACCAUUUCCAUCUUCAAACAGAAGAGAGUGAAGGGCUGGUGGCCAUUUGUGGCUCGAGAUGAGAAUGAUGAAUUUGAGCUCACGGGAAAAGUGGAGGCAGAGCUCCAUCUAAUGACAGCGGAGGAGGCAGAGAAAAGUCCAGUCGGCCUUGGACGGAACGAACCUGAGCCACUUGAGAAACCAAAUCGUCCAGACACCAGUCUAAUGUGGUUCAUGAAUCCUCUGAAGUCCAUACGAUACUUCAUUUGGCACAACUACCGCUGGCUGAUCCUGAAGGCUCUGGCCCUGCUGCUGCUCCUACUCCUCGUUGGGCUCUUCCUCUACUCUAUUCCUGGAUACUUGGUCAAGAAACUCCUAGGGGCGUGAGGAGAGAGGGGAAGACCACUGGUAGCCCACUCUCACUGCCUCUGUUUUCUCUGCUUUCUGUCUCUCUCUGAGCAAACCUUUAAGCUCAAGCUGUGCAAUGUCAACUUUCACAGUGUAUUUCUGUCUUUUUGUUACUCAUACCAUUUUUAAAGGCCUACAACAUUGACCUGAGGGAUUGUGGGUGAUUAAAUGUUUUCCAUUUUGUCAUCCCAACUCUUUCUUACUGCAUAUCUGUGUGCUAUGUUGUACCUCGAGUCUUCGAGGUUGUCAUUUGCCUCUGGUUGUCUGUUUGGGCAAAGACUUGAAUUAUUUAUUAUGGAUUUUAUGAUAUUUUUAGUCGACUGUUUGCUACUGUGCUUUCUGAACUUAUCUUUGUUGCCUGUCAUUUUACUUCUCUGAGCUAAAUCCACUGCAAAUUUACAGUAUCGCUCACACACGCGGCAGACCUAGGCGAAUGUUUUUAUCAGCUCUGUGGAAUAGUUUAUGAUUGUGCCAUCAUUCACUCACCCUCUUGUCCUUCCAAACCUGUGUGGCUUUUUCUUUUACCUGUGAAACACAAAAGUGUUGUUUGGACCCCAUUUACUUUAAUUGUAUAGACAAAAAACAUUCUUCAAUAUAUCUUCUUUUGUGCUCAGCAAAAAAAAAAGUCAUACAGGUUUGGAAUGGCAUUUACUAUUGGGAUUUAUAUAUAUCCUAGUGAAACGGCCUCUCCAACAAGAAAAAAAAUGCAGGGUGGGACUUGAUUUUGUCCAUCGGGAAUUGAUUGGAUCGUUGUGGUUUGUAAUAGCUGCAAUCUCAUGUGAGUGCGCUGGCGCACACAUCAUCAGAGAACAGAUGUCAUUGCAAGUGAGAGUUAUAUAUAUGUACAUUUAUAAUAAACACUGCAAUAUUCAAUAUUCAUGUUCACUGUGACGUUAACAAAUUUUUAUUUUUAAGUGAACUAUCCCUUUAAAUGGUUAAUAUGCCUUUAAGAGAUUUUACAACUUUUCAGUCUUGUUACCAGUCAUCUUACUAACCACUAACAUUUGUAUUACCUCUCUUCCUCCAUCAUCCAUGGUUUCACCUUUCAACUCACUACUUCUUACCUGCAACCCCUUCACCACCUCCACCACUUCCAAUCACAGCCGGCCUGACACCACCUUCCUGUGGUUUUUGAGCCCGUUGAAGGCCAUCCGUUACCUGAUAUGCAACCGCUACAAGUGGCUCAUCAUCAAGAUCGUCUUGGCUCUGCUGCUGCUGAUCAUGGUGGGCCUGUUUCUCUACAGCAUGCCAGGCUAUCUGGUCAAGAAGCUGCUUGGGGCCUAAAGAGGGGUCAGAAAGGUUCAUUUGAGAGAUUCUAAUUUGCCCUUGACCUCUCAAGUGUCCCUUUUCUAAUAUUUGGUUACAAUUUACAGCACUUCUUUUAUUUUCAAAUGAUAUCUCAAGAGUUUACCAUCCUUCAUAGUUGCACUCUAAGCAUAACGUAUCAAAUAUCUUGACUUUUUCGGUAUCAAUUUGCAUGUCUUACCAGGAAAAGAUCAAUUAUGUUAUUUAUCUUUCUAUUUGUACAUUUCAAGAUUGAUUAAUCGUAUGGAGAAAAUGAAGGCAGCACUGUUUAUUUUGGUACAAAAUUAAAUAAACUGGCUGGACUAGCGUUUCUGGUAUCCGUUCAAAUGUUCAUAUGAAUGCAUUGCUUAAGAUUCUUAGAUUUUGUUGUUAUCGUCUAGACGUGUAUGUGUUGCUGCUAAAAGCACAAUAAGCAUGCAACUUUGUCUAAAAAAAAAAAGUCGACUUGUUCAUCGGUGGCUAUGGUCUAAAACAAAGUAUGAUAGGGUUGUAGGCCUCAUAUAUACACUAUGUUAUUUGAUUACACUUUGCCUUGAUGUUUGCACUUUCAGUCCAUGACACAAAUCUUCUGCACUCCAGUAAGAUAACAUUGUUUAUCCUUUAGAGAAACACACAGACACUAGUAGGGGAAUGAUGUUUCAUUUGACAUUUCAAGUUUAAAUAACACAAUAGAAUGCUCUUUCUUUUACUUCCUACUGUUGAUUUUGCUUGCUGUGUAUAUUUACUUGGUAUGUACUUGUUUGCUUGCUAUGUACUGUUGCUCUAUUUAAUGAAUGCCAUUUGACCAUAGACUUGUUUGCACUGAUUAUGGCUUGUUUAUAUAAAAAGAGUGUAUUUUUAAUUCUUGUUUACAAGUGUGCAAUAUGGAUUGAUUUAUUUAUUUUUGUCUGUAUGAAGACAAUAAAAUGAACUCAUUGAGAUAAAAA